UUUAUAGCGCUCGGGGCUCCGGCCACCCCAGACUCAGGGUCCCCGCACCACUUCCCGCUUUAUACGGCUGCCGAAGGGUGCCUUUGUCUCAACCUCUCCCGCCUCCGGGGCGCAACGGAAUCCUCUUGAUCUCGCCACCGGCUCAUGGACAUGGAGACUCCCACUGGAUCCUGGUUGCCCCGCACCGAGACCUCUGUCUCUAGAACGCUGCUCCUCGGCUGGAUCCUCGUCCAGGUGGCCGGAGCCUCAGGCACUACAGGUGUCGUGGCAGCCUAUAAUUUAAGUUGGAAAUCAACUAAUUUCAAGACAAUUUUAGAGUGGGAACCCAAACCCAUCAAUCAUGUCUACACUGUUCAGAUAAGCCAUAGAUUAGGAGAUUGGAAAAGCAAAUGCUACUUCACAACAAAGACAGAGUGUGACCUCACUGAUGAGAUUGUGAAAGAUGUGAAGCAGACAUACUCAGCACGGGUCCUUGUCGUGCAGGCGAAUGCCACCGAUUAUCCUGGGGAGCCCAUGUAUACAAAAUCCCCAGAGUUCAUGCCUUACUUAGACACAAGCCUCGGACAGCCAGCAAUUCAGAGUUUUGAACAAGUCGGGACAAAACUGAAUGUGGUCGUACAGGACUCACGGACCUUGGUCAAAGCGAACGGCACGUUCCUGAGCCUCCGGGAUGUUUUUGGCCAGGACUUAAAUUACACACUUUAUUAUUGGAAGUCUUCCAGUACAGGAAAGAAAACGGUCAGGUCAAACACUAAUGAGUUUUUGAUUGAUGUGGAUAAAGGAGAAAACUACUGUUUCAAUGUUCAAGCAGUGAUUCCAUCACGAAAAGUUAACCAGAAGAGUCCAGAGAGUCCCAUUGAGUGCACUAGCCAGAAGACCAGUGUGUUCAAAGACAAGUUCUUCAUCAUCGGAGCAGCAGUGUUCGUGGCCAUUGUCUUCAUCACCACCCUGUCUCUGUGUCUGUGCUACUGCAGGAAGGCCAGAGCAAGACGAAGCAGCGAGAAGAGCUCCCCCUACUCUGUUGCAUAAAGCACAUGACCUUGGAGCUGCUGACUUCUGCAGAGUUUAUUGCACUGUGACCAAGAACUUUUAAGAGAACAGAAUAGAUGGAAACAAAAAGAAGUGUUUUGAAGCACAGAGACACUUGGGCCCAAAGAAAGUUCUUUAUCUGACUGUUCUCAUGAUUAACAUUCUGGUUUCGACCCCAGUACUUGUCACGUUGGAAUGCGAUUAAUGGUACGACCAAUCCCAAGGCUUUUAAAUUUCUUUUUUUAACACUAUAGCACCUUUUGCACAUAUCAUGCUUUGGACUGAAUGUUCUGCACUCAAGAUAAAACCAGAUCUUCUGAGCAAAAACAAAUGAACAAAUGCCUUAAAAAAUCCUGGGUGGACUUUUGGAGAAUUCUUCAGAGGCUGACGUUAAACCGUGGGAGAGAGUAAAAUGGAAAUUAGGUGGACUUUUCUAACAUAUGUCUGUCUUGUUUUAAUGUGGUGUUUAGGUACUUCUCUUUUUUUAAGAGGUUUUUUGGAAGUUCAAAACUACUAGCAAAGUUUUGCAUGAAUGUAUUCAAUGCAGAAGACUUCCACUUUGGGGGCAUUCCUAACAUGCAUUACAGUCUGGCACUUUAACUGACAUCAAUGCUGUUGAUUAGACACUUGACAGCUAACUACAAUAUAUAGAGUUUAUAUUUUAGAGUUUAUGAUUUAAGGUACUUAAAGCUUAUGUGGUCAGUGUCAUAUAUUUAUGUAAUUUUUGAAAAGGUUUUAUAUGUGGGGAUUUAUAUUUAUAGAGGUGACAUUGUUUUGUUUGUAUAUAUUGAGAUAAUUUAUUUAAUAUACUUUUCUACAAAUAAAGGUGACUGGGAAUUGUG